UUUUCUGCAGCAUCAGUACCACCUCCCCCGUGCCUCCUCCCCCUCUCUCUCUCGCUCGGUUUUCCUGCCGGGCUGCUGCUUUGCGCGCUGCGGGGCCACACUGCGACCACACCGAGGAGGAAGAAGAGAAAGCCGCGGACCGACGGGGGGGCCAGCCGAGGCAGAGCGGCGGACAUUAAAAAAAAAACCGAAUAAGAAGAAGGACGCGGGAGGAAGAAGGAGGCGCGGACAGCGAGCCCGAGGAGCAGAAGCAGAAGGCGGAGACGCGUUCCUCCCUCCAUCUCUGCCUCCGUGAAGAAGAGCCGAGAGGAGCAGCAGCAGGAGGACCGCGAGGACCUCGCAGCGGAGAAAACGACGAACGACGCGGAGCCGGAAGCCUCCCCCCCUCCCCCCUGGACCAGGGACGAUUCUCCGUUUGUAGCAGCGGCGCGGCGACACGAUGAAGGACCGCACGGCGGAACUGCGAAGCGCAAAGGACAGCGACGACGAUGAGGAGGUGGUGCAGGUGGACAGGGACCACUUCAUGGACGAGUUCUUCGAACAGGUGGAGGAGAUCCGAGGCUGUAUAGAAAAGCUGUCGGAGGACGUGGAGCAGGUCAAGAAGCAGCACAGCGCCAUCCUGGCCGCACCCAAUCCUGACGAAAAGACCAAGCAGGAGUUGGAGGACCUCACAGCUGACAUCAAGAAGACAGCCAAUAAAGUUCGCUCAAAAUUAAAAGCAAUCGAGCAGAGCAUCGAGCAGGAGGAGGGGCUCAACAGAUCAUCAGCGGACCUCAGGAUCCGUAAGACGCAGCACUCGACAUUGUCACGCAAGUUCGUGGAGGUGAUGACUGAGUACAACACCACGCAGUCCAAGUACCGCGACCGCUGCAAGGACCGCAUCCAGAGACAGCUGGAGAUCACUGGAAGAACCACUACCAACGAGGAGCUCGAGGACAUGUUGGAGAGUGGCAAGCUGGCCAUCUUCACUGAUGAUAUCAAAAUGGACUCUCAGAUGACGAAGCAGGCCCUGAACGAGAUCGAGACCCGGCACACUGAGAUCAUCAAGCUGGAAAACAGCAUCCGUGAGCUGCACGACAUGUUCGUCGACAUGGCCAUGCUGGUCGAGAGCCAGGGCGAGAUGAUUGACAGAAUCGAGUACAACGUGGAGCACUCCGUCGACUACGUGGAGCGAGCCGUCUCCGACACCAAGAAGGCCGUCAAAUACCAGAGCCAGGCUCGCAAGAAGAAGAUCAUGAUCAUCAUCUGCUGUGUCAUCCUCGGCGUGGUCCUGGCGUCGUCCAUCGGUGGCACGCUGGGCAUGUAACGCGCUCCGCCACCUGCUGCCGUGACGACCGAACACCGACUGACCGACCGUCCGACCGACAGCCAGCAGAGAAAAGAAACACCAACGACGACACAAAAACUUGAAACACAAAUGCAAGACAGAUAACCAAUCAGCUAGGAAGAGAUAACGACCCAAUCACAGAUAAGAGGAAACACCACGGGUUCGGGUGGGGUUCAAAAAACAAGAAAAAACCACGAGAAAACACCAUGACAUCAUAGCUGACUGACUACACUACAUAUACAAAAGAGGGUACAGAUAAACCUAUUUAUUACAGAUGUACAUGUAAAUGUAUUGAACAUGAAGCAACACGUGGGUUAGCUACCUGUAAAAACUGAUGACCUAUAAUAUGGCAUUUACUUGUUUGUUUGCUUGUUUUGCCUCUUUUCUUAUUUUUUAAAAGUUUCUUUCGUUUUUCCGGAGUCUCCGAGGACAGUGACAGCGACGGCUGCCGGGUGGGAGUUCUGCCCGUCGAGGCUCCGGAGCUUAGCGCCUUUGGGAACGAGCUCAGAUAACAAAAUAAAAGCCCAAAAAAAAAGAGAGAGAACAUGUUUCUAUCACAUUCUGGAACCCUGGAGCGUUCCUGAGCUGCGCCCUGGAAUACUUUCUGUUCCAGAGCGCAGACGGGAACAAGCAGCCGAAGGUUCCGGAAUGUCAGCCUGCAGAACGAGCACCCUCCGGCUUUGGCAGAACACGCUCCGCCCCCUUGUUGCUAGGAGGGGUUUCACCGCUGCCUCUUUAGACCACCUCUCAUUGGUUGCUCACUCCUGGCGUUCACCUCAGUCAGCCAAUGAAAUUAGCUUAACCUGGCGAAGCCCGGCCUGCCACACGUUAUUUAGGACGCAUCAAGGACGUUGACCGUGACACGCUUCCCUCUGAGUUCGGGGGAGGGAGGAGUGUCCGCGGCAAGAACCUCCCCUUUUCGUCACACCUAUCCAACCAAAGAGCCGGGGAGGGCCUCUGGUUGUCAGGCUGAAUUUGAUUGGCCGGCGGCAGAAAAGACCGUGACGUUUGACUGACAGGUGAACGAUGGGGAAGGAGGGUUCGGACGAGCAAGAGUCAGUCUAUGCAGUUUAGAAAACCACGCCUCCCCGUCACUGGGACAGCCAAUGAGGAUUGGGCAUUUCGGUGAUCUGAUCAGGUCUGCGGUCGUCAUCUCGAAGCUGUCACAGCUGUUCUUCCGGAAGAUCCUAAAAAAUGAAGAGAACGCAUUAAAAAGUAAAGAAGAAAAACAAAUGUAACUACAACACUAAGAAGCGCUGGUUGCCCUGGUUACCUGAGUGUCGCGGUGAUAUCGUUGCUUUCCCGUUUCUUGAUGGGGAACGUUUGUUGCUUCGUUGUUUCCGUGGUGCUGCUGUUUUGGUGCGUGUGACGCGUCCCGUGACGUAUCGGCCUGACACGAUUUAGCUGUUAAUGUUUAGUCUGUACGUUUUAAAGCAUUCGCCCAGAUCCUACCUGCAGCCCCGAGUGUGCGUGCGUGUGUGUGUGCGAUUUUUCAUCCACGCUGUGUGAGCGCAUGAGUUGCACAGGUGCUACUGACCAGCAGAAGGUGUUCCUAUUGGUGGAUUUUCUCUGUGGAAGGUGGAACAUGUGACACGCAUACAUUCAUAUAAAUUCCCAACAUAUGCUGCAUUCAAUUGCAACCGGGAACUUGGAAUUUCCAGUUUCAUUAACCUGGGAAGUUUCUGAUUAAUAUGACGUUGUUCAUGAGUUCAAAUCAGUUCUGAACGCCUUCGUCUGCUUUUACGUUCUCUGUGGAAAAGCAGUAAAGCAAACCUGCGGGAACGUUGAUGGCUCGGAUGUCAUUCCCAGUGCUGAUUUCCAAAUUCCGCGGUACAUUAAAUGCAGCAGCAGCUCAUGCAUGAACUCCAUGUUUAACUUUUCAUGCAGACACACUGGACACUCGCCCCUAACUCGCGAAUUCCCCGUGUUACAUAUCGAACCAGUGACUGCGUCGCUUAUAGCAUGCUGUAGCGUUAGCUUGUGUUUCGUGUAGAUUAUGUAGAAGCUGCUCGUUACAGAUGGGUCAUCAGUUUUCUUCCUUUUUUAAACAUUAAAGACGUUUCUGUCCAGACUGGCAUCAGGACAAAGGCGGCUGAAAAUGUGGAGUAGAAUUUGUUGCAUUAGCGGUUAGCUGAACGUCUGCAGGACUGUCACUCCUUACAGCGACUGCUGAUUAAAAUAGAAAUGUGACGCAGCAAACAGCCUAUCUCAGGACUGCGUGCUGUGUUGAAGAUCGCGCCACCGCCUGCGCUAACAUGUAGGACCGCGGCGUUGAAGAGGAAGGGUCGUCUACGCUCAGGCUCUGUGAUACGGAGGUUCACCUGCUUCUGUUGAGGCCUCGCUGGACGACCAAAUACCACCUUAAAACCUCACGGUCCCCUCCUGCUCAGUGCUCACGAUUAGUUUUGUUUGACGGCGUCUUCUCUGGUUUCACCUGUUCUGCUCUGGAUCUUUUAGCUGGACCCUGAUCGGGUUUCCGACGUCCCUGACUUAUAGUUUUUGUUUCAUGUUUCCUGAGAAAUGUAUUAUUUGAAGCUUUUCAGAGACAGGGCUUUAAAAAACAGAACAUGCCGCCUUUCAUAACAAGUCAAAGCUGUUUUUUGCUUCCUUGCUCUGUAGAGACCUGCCGACAGGAAGCUGACAUUAGCUUUCGUUUGACAGUCGUGUGUCCUCCUCAGCCAGCUCGAGCGUUGGAAAGCGGAUGUUGUUUUGUGGAAAACGUGUUUUCUUACCCAUCACAGUAGCUAGCAUUAGCUUUAGAUGUCUGUGGUGCCGUGUAGACGAUUGUUAGGCUUUGUUUCAUUCUUGGCUUCCCAAAACCAAAACAUAACGCGCGUUCACCAAAGCUUCGCAGGCACCGUCCCCGCCCCGACUCCUCCAAAGAGCCCAGCAGAUGUGUGGUCAUGUGCCGUGUCUGUAGAUGUAGGUCGAUCUCGCACUUUUCUCUCUGCCCAUUCGUUCCAUUCUGGUUUUAGGUGUUUUCACAUGUAGAGCUGUCAAUUCAAUAUGAACCAGUGUGCUUGUUUUACCUGCGUUUACAUGUCUCACGACUCCCUCGGACAUUUAGAGAACCUAAACCCACGUCCCCAUUGGCUGCUUCGUUCAUCGUUCUUUGUUCGUUCGAGCGGUUGACGGUUGUCCAGGCGGCGUCGCAGUCGUCGCGGCAGUCUCGGGUUGGUGAUUGUGGUGGAUGCGAGGAUGCCGUCAUAGCACCAGCCAGCUUGUUGACACUGAUUUUGCCAUGUGUGAGUGUUUGUUUUCUGUAAAGUUCCCGCUCCUGCGUGGCGGUCACUUGUCGGGUCCCGCCGCCAUCCUCUCGAAAACAUGGACAAAACCUCACGAAACCCACGCAGGCAACAGUUGGAGAUUUGGCUAAGUGAAGGUUCAAAUGGUCGUCGGCACGUCUGCCCGCCCCGUCCUCUCGUCUCUUCCUGUCGUGCUGUAGAUGUUUGGUUGUACAAAAAGAUGGCGCAGAGGGUCGGAGUCUGCCCCCUCCCUUCGCCCUGCAGACCCCGCCCAUCCCACUGUGUGUACUACUUAUAAUAAUGGUAAUAAAAAAGGCAUGCAAAAGCGUUGUGGAGUUUGCAUGAUGGUGUUUUUUGUACCCCACCUCCCCGCCUCACCCUUCACGUCGUGCACUUUACCGCCAAUCAGACCCCGUUUGGUUUCUAUGGAAACACUUCACAGUUACUUUCGUUUGUGACGCGUCAUUUUUACGAUGUUUUCUUCAGAGACCGGUGUGAUGUUUAAAUAAAUGUGAAAGGUUAAAUUCCCAUCCCACGAACUCCAGCCCUCCCGCCGGGUUCGGACGCCUCCGUCACCUCCCGAUGUCUGCGUGUUCGCUUCCACUGUUGCAUUUGUGUGUGUGCGUGUGCGUGUUGAAGCAGCACGAGUGUGUUUCAGUGUGCGAAGCGUCCAAUCGCAGGUGGGCGGGUUGCAGCAGGUUUCAAAAUUCCACUUUUUUUUUUAGAUUGCGACAGAAGCGAGGAGAGAAGCUUGCAGACGCCAUGAUCACUGUUACCGCCGUGGCGUUGAUUCGAUUCAGACCAAAGCAUUUCCGCCCUCCCCUCCAAAUGUUCGCCGCUAAUCUCAAAGAGCACAACGCGAGUCGAGUUUACAAACAGAGAAUAAAUAUACAAAUAGAAAAGCCCCACCCCCUCCACUGCCAUCAAUCAGACCGACCCGCCUCUCUCCCUCCACCUUCAGAGUCCGAACUGAAAACAUGACACAUCCGUGAAGUGAGUCCCAGUUGGUUUGCGUCUUCACGCUGCAGGAUCAACGCUCCUCUGCAGGGUUACAGGCCACGCCCCCCACAUACCUCCGAACAGCCGGAGAGAGAAAGUUAAACAUCAGCAGAUUUGGUCAAAGGUUGAUCUCAGAUCCUCCAGCGAGCAUUCUUCCUGUGCGAGAGGCCGACUGCAGUCGUGUGACAUCACAUGUGUACGCAACAAAAAUACAAACAAACAUAAAUCUGAGUCACAUCUGGAUGUUCGCCGCCGUUCAGCCUUUCUGUUGUUUCCAUUUCUGACAGAGCGGGCGCACAACGCUGGAAAAAAUCACGUGAAGAGAGUUUGAGCGCGACACGCAAGACGCCAUUAGCCGUUAGCCCGUGUGGGAGUAAUGCGGUGUGGGCCGACCCUGACUUGGGAGUCGCGUUCCAGCGCUCUGCGGUUAUUUCUGCACGCUGACUCGUGAGCACAGCGGCGUCUGUCUUUGCCGCUUCGUCGCUCCUCCGCUGUGGCGCAGUUAAGCCGCCUCCACGCUGAUUUUUGUCUUCCUGAAACUAUUGUGAAAAACCAAAACGUGCUCGGUGCCCCGCUCUGGGUGAUGACAUCACAAACAUGUUCAGUGUUCUUUAUUUGGCGCUCGCGCUCGUCCCGUUGCUCUCCGACAGUAUUCACUUUAAACAGUGUUUAUGUUCUCUAGUGGGAGGGGUGGGAGGGGUUAGGGGAGGGGCAAUAGAGACAGACCACGCCCACAAUCACCCCUGCCAUAACAAGUAGGAAAGACACUGAAAUAACAUCGUUAUCCUCAUUAUUACUGUUGUUAUUACUAUGAUUAUUACCAAACAGACAAAUAAAGAUGCAGUAAACAUUUGCAAAAACCCGGAGGGAGACCGAACGGCUUCACACAACGUGAUCGAAUCAACUUUAAAAAUGGAGGUGAUGACGAUUCUAUAAUAGCAAUGAUUUAAAGAAGUACAAAGGAGUUAUGUUAUCAUAAUAAUAGUAGUCAUAUUGAAUAUUGAAUGCUCGCAAUUUUGUCAAACUGAAACUGGAUUCUUUGUGUUAUGUAAUUAUUGUAAAUAACUUCAAAGAGAGAAAAAAUGACUUGCAUGUCUAUGUAUAAAUCUACUGAGAUAUCUAUUCCCGUCAAAGUCUGCACGUAGGCCGGCCUCUGUCCUCUUUCGCCCGCCCUUGCUGUGGCGCCCCCUCUGUUUGUACCGUGCAGCUGAGUUGCGACAGCAGAGACUAGGAGAAACUUGGCUUCCUAUUGUCGCGUCUGCACACGCUCAGUUCAGAAGCUGUGUCUGCGCCCACCUGUGGAUGGAGAAGGCACGGCGGUGUUUUUAGUAGCAGGACGCCCGCUGAGCGGUGCCGCCGUCCCUUUGAGUGCCCGUGUCUCUUAGUUUCUUUCUGAAGGAGCGAAUGAAAACACCACACAGGUUUUUGCGGCACAAAUGCAGCCACGCCUCCAUCUGUUACCCCAGGUCCAGAGGCUCCACCCACUGGCUCCUCUGAUGAAAGUGCUUCCCUCCAUAUUAGGAAAAUUAAGCCCGCCUUCAGGGCUUUCCAGGCCACACCUGCACGUCACUUUGGAAGCCAAGUUAGCAGUUUUAAACUCUCCCUCUCUCGCCGUCCUGUUCAAUCUCAGCUGAAGCAAGCUCGCCAAACGACACACCGAAAGCUCCGCCUCUUUACCUGACUGCUUCCCCAGAGUUUAGCCUGAGCCUAGGUCUAAAAGAACAGACUCAACCUGCCAGCACUUAGCCAUAUCCAAUAUCAUCCUGCUGCACUGUAAACAAUCUGACUGGCGAAAGUGGCUUGGUGUUACGGUGCCAGGUUGCUUACGCCCGUCAGAACCGAGACUCGGCACGUUAAUGGAGUCGUCCAUCUUAGUAGAAGAAUCGUCGUCUCAGAUGGUUAGAUGACCUUCGGUCUGCCGCCGCAGUCUUCCUUCUGCGUGGCUUUUCCAUCGUUUAGUCCUCACGAGUUCCUGGAGGAGGUCUCAGCUCCAGACGACACGCAGGUGAAGCGGUCCACUUCCUGUGGUUUCACCUGGUGUGACGGCUCAGCGUCACCUCCACGCCACGGCCACCAGCGCCACCACCUGGUUUCAGGCCCGCUCUCUAGCCUCACACAGGCCUAACCUGACGAAGCGUGCAAUAUUCAGAGAAACAAGGGCUUGUCUUUAUCAUGCAGAGGCGUUGGCCAUGGCACGGGAACUUCAGACGCUGUAAUUGCGACAGCAGAAGCGUGAACCCCACCUGAUUUUUAGGGCGUGGGAUGAGUGAGGAACAAAGCUAUCUCGGGGGAGGGGGACGGCAGGUGGAGGCAGAGCCCUGAGGUCAGAAAAAAGCAAAGCGCUGAAUAAGAGAGAGGACAGGGGCGCCGCGCGCAACUUUGACCGGAAAUGCAACUUGUGUCCCGUUUUUUUUGUGUGUGUAUGUGUGCGUAGCGUAAUGUAAAAGCGAUCUGUCCCCCCCCCACUCCACCUCACCACCCCAACCCUCUCCCCCCUCCAGAAAGAAAACAUUCCCCCCGACCCUGCCCCCUCCAGCCCCCGCCUCCCCCGUCCUCCCCCCUCUCUUGUACUGCUGUUGGCUGUUCUGUUUAGUUCAUGUGACGUGCCAGUAUUCCCCCCACCUCCUCACCCCUUGCCCACUCCCUCCUCUCUCCUGCCCCCUCCGCCCUCUCUCGCUCUCCCCCUCCUCUCUCUCUCUCUCUCUCUCUCUCUCUCUUCAUGGAUCUUUAAGAUGACAACUCUAUGCAGAUGCUGUCUUUUAUAAGUGUGUCAAAAUUUUAAUUUAAAAUAAAAACUUAAAAAAAAACAAACCCUGACAGACAUAUUGAAAUGAUAACAAAAAAGAAUAAAGAAAAGGAUUGUUCAGUGUA